UAGGAUCGUGUUAGCGUAUCAAUGCCGCGUGACUCUUGAAUCGAUCCUCUGCUUCGACUUAUAAGAAAUUAACACUUCGCUGAGUUUGCUCUUUCAUUUGGCAUUUGGCAAUGACGUCUUCGGUGCUUGAGGGUGGACGCGACGAGGUCAAACGCGAGCCCUCCGAUUUGGUCGCGGAAGCCAUUAAUCUGACGGCCACGAAUCUUUCGCUUCCCGCUGAAACGUUUCUCAGAGCGGCGAUUUCGCUCAAGGACAAGGUGGUGGAGGAGACUUGGAAUCGGCGAGAUCAAGUGGUUGAUCCGACGGUGUACACGGGACUCUUGGGCACCGCCUUCACUUGCUUCCGCUCGUACCAGAUUACCGGUUGCCGGAACGACUUGCUAUUGUGCACUGAGAUUAUUGACACGUGUGUAACGGCUGCACGUGACUCCCUUAGACACGUGACUUUUUUGUGCGGUAGAGGAGGCGUUUAUGCGCUUGGUGCUGUCGUUGCCUAUUACAUGGAGGAUCUUCCAAAGCGUGACCAGUUUUUGGGUCUAUUCAUUGAGGUGGGAAAAGAGAGAGCCCUCCCAGUUGGACCAGAGGAAGGUGGUUUUGGAAUGUCAUAUGAUCUUCUGUAUGGGCGAGCUGGAUUCUUAUGGGGUGCAUUAUUCGUGAACAAACACUUGGGAGAAGAUGCUGUGCCCAAAGAAAUUCUGAUGCCUAUUAUUGAUGCUGUGUUGGCUGGUGGUAGAGCAGGAGCAUCUGAUAUUAAAGACUGUCCAUUGAUGUAUAGAUGGCACGGAACUAGAUACUUAGGUGCAGCAAAUGGCCUUGCUGGUAUUCUUCAUGUGCUGCUUCAUUUUCCACUUCCUAGUGAGGAUGCUGAGGAUGUCAAGGGAACAUUGAAGUACCUCAUGAGUAAGCGUUUCCCUCACAGUGGAAACUACCCCUCAAGUGAAGGGAAUCCAAGGGAUAAGUUGGUGCAGUGGGGUCAUGGGGCAACUGGCAUGGCCAUCACUUUGUCCAAAGCAGCACAGUUAUUUCCUAAUGACAGAGAACUACGAGAUGCUGCAAUAGAAGCAGGGGAAGUUGUGUGGAAGAGUGGAUUGGUGAAGAAGGUGGGACUUGCUGAUGGGGUAUCUGGAAAUGCCUAUGCCUUCCUAUCCCUCUAUCGACUCACUAAAGAGAGUAUAUACGAAGAGAGAGCAAAAUCAUUCUCUUCCUUCUUGUAUGACAAUGCAAGAUCUCUGGCUGCUGCAAAUGGCUAUUCACUUUUCCAAGGACUUGCUGGCACAGCAUGCCUCUGGUUUGAUCUGCUUGCACCCGAAAACUCAAGGUUUCCAGGCUAUGAAUUAUAGAUGCUUCGUUCCACUACAGAUAGUACUGAAUUAUUGUGUAACAUAACAUGAACCUGGCGUGAAUAUAGCAAACUCACCAUAGGGUUCCGCUGCUGUAAAGAAUUUAGGUGAUAUUGCGUACCGAUUGCCUUUUUCUGCAAUCUAAUAUUUCAUCAGAUACAAAAUUUACCUUGCACUUUUAAUUAAAUAAAAGUAAUUAAUUAUAC